AUGGACAGGCGGAAUACGUUGUCCCAGUUGAACAGGGUGCUUCCUGUGCCCAUACAAUUGCAUGGAGACGAAAGUGGCGACGAGUCCCACUCCAGCUCCCACAUCACUAACGUGAUGGUGGGCGACCACCACGUCGUGGAGGGCCAGGGAGGGCCCUCUUUCACAGUGUGGUCCAUCAAGGUUAUGUUGGACGAGUCCGAGUACACGUCGAUCGAGCUCUACAAGCGGUACCUGGACAUUGAGCGGUUCCAGUACCAGCUCAAGACUGAGUUUGCAGCGUACAACUACAACAUUCCCGAGCUACCUCCCAAAGACAGCUUCAGCUUAGAACGGAUGACGAUGUCACGGCGUUGGUUGGAGGAGAGGCGACGGGGCUUGCAAUGGUUCUUGAGAAACGUGCUCUUGAACCCGAUGUUUCAGCGUAGCCAGGCGGUACGGGAGUUCAUUACGAGGUGA